AUGCAUAGUUGUAGCGAAGGUGGUCUCGGCGAGGCCCUCGUCAGAGAGUUCCAACGUAGAGGCUAUAAGGUGUUCGCCACAGCACGAAGGACCGAGUCUAUGCAGACUUUGGACGAGCUGCCUAAUGUUACACAGCUGUUUCUGGACGUUACCGAUCUCGGCAGUAUACGGGGGGCUAAGAUCUUAAUCGAAGAAGAGACGGGAGGGAGGUUGGAUGUGUUGGUGAAUAAUGCUGGCAUAGCCCAUCCCUACGCCAUAACCGACUGCUCCCUCUCCGACGUCAAGCACGUCUUCGACGUCAAUGUCUUCUCCCAAUUCACGAUGGUCCAAGAAUUUCUUCCCCUCCUGCGUGCAUCCGACGAUGCGCGUAUCAUACUCGUUGGGAGUCAAGCAGGAAUCGCGCCCGUUCCGUUUGGGGCUGCCUAUAAUGCAAGUAAGGCAGCAUUGAUCUCGUUUGGGGAUACGUUGAGGGUUGAGUUGAAGCCGUUUGGCAUCAAAGUCAUCACCACUGUCCUGGGCAAUGUUCGAACUAAUAUCAUCAAUGCCAAUAUCAAACUCCCCCAAGACUCGAUCUACGACCCUAUCCGCGCAGAAUACCAGGCCAGCCGGAUCGACCACUUCCAAGACGAUGCCGUCCCACGAGACCUCGCCGCCCGCCAAGUUGUCGAUGGCGCACUUCGGGCAAGUCCUGCGGCGCUGGUAUGGGGAGGCGCGAACGUAUGGUUGGUUUGGUUUAUGAGUACGUUCUUGCUGAAGACGGUCUUUGUGGGUUUCUUUCGCUAUUCCACUAUCGGUUUACUUUGUUGCGCACUGCUGGGUAACUUUGCUGACUUUGUCUUAUUGGGAUGUGCAGGACGGACCGCUGAGUCGAAGGUUUGGUCUCACAAAAUUGACUGCGUUUCUGGAACUUCAGCCCGAGAGGAAGAGUGCAUGAUGAUGACACCUCCGCAUACAUGGACGUUCUUUAUUUAUGCCUAUGUGUAG